AUGAAGGGAGGAUGUGUCCUGGAUGAUGCCGCCAUCUUCUGGUAUUACCUCUUAAAGGUGUUCGUGAUGGUGGUGAAUAUUAACCAACUAGAUGAAGUGGAUUAUACAUUAGAGAAGCAAACCCAGGACUUCUUGCAAACUAAAGAUGAUGUAACCCAGCAAGUGAAAACUAACAAGAACCAGGAAUUCUUCAAGGAACUUAAUGAAAUAGAACGAUUAGCUGAGAAGCCUGAAAAAGAUGAGGAAUGCACUAUUGCAUGUAAUGAAGUAAAAAUAGCUGAGAUUGAAAUUGAAAAGCAAGAGAGGGACAUUGUUGUGUUGGAGCAAGCCAUCGUAAAACUCAGAUCAGACACAGCAAAAUCCAAACAGCAACUUGAGGAAAUUAGAGCAGAAUUACAGGCGAAGACUGAAGGGAGUAAUGGGGUGAUAACUUCGUUUGAGAAUUGUCAACAAGAUAAAGCUGAGAAAGCUUUUGAUAAAGAAACCAAUCUUGAGAAAAUGUUGAGAAGCAAAAACAAUUUCUCCAGAGGACGCAGUCCAAUGCGUUCUUCUCCUGUCAAGGGAGGAAGUUAUGAAUCUGAACUCAUGUGUAUAAUUAAAGAGCGUGAUGAUCUUCAAGCCAUGUUAAGCAAAUAUGAAAAGCAUUUUGCAGAGCUUCAGGCAAAUAUCAAAGUUUUAACUGCAGAAAGAGACCAAAUUAAGCUCCUCUAUGAUCAGAUUCAGGAAGAGCUUACUAGGCUACGAAGUGAUGCAGUGAAGUCAACGAGAUCUCAGAAAAGCAGGCUGACAGCACAAGAUAUUCUGCGACGUUUGGAAUGUGAACAUAAUGAAGCUGUUGCAGAUCUGAGGAGAAUGACCACAGAACGAGACAGUCUUAGAGAACGAUUAAAGAUUUCCCAGGAGACUGCGAUUAAUGAGAAAGCACAUAUGGAGCAAAGAAUAGAAGACCUGAAGGCUUCCAUGCAUACAUUGGAAGAUGAAAGAUUGGAACACCGAUCUAGGCUGACUUGUCUAAAAGAUAGUGUAACAUCCCUGGAGGAAAAAGCUAAAAUAUUGGCCAGAAAGUCAUCUGACAGUGAAGAUCAACUGUGCAGACUGAGAGGAGAAAACAACCAAAUCAGAUCAUUAUUGGACCAAGCCGAAGAUAAUCUUGCUGAAUCCCAAAGACGCCUCUCAAUAAGAUCUUCUGAUCUACAACUUGCACAGGAUAAAAAUGUUCAACAGAGUGAAAAAAUUGAUGAUCUGAGUAGGCAUGUUGCUUCACUUCAAGAAGAGCUUAGCUUAGUCAAUACCAAAGUCUGUGAACUUGAUAAACAAAAGAAAAGUUUACAAGAGCUUGCAGAUGAAAAGACUGAAACAAUUGCUUCUCUGGAAGAGAGUCUUCACCAAAAAAAAAAGAACAUAUCAGACUACCAACUGAACAUAAGUGAACUGGAAUCAGUUGUUGAUCAAUUAAAUGAAACUGUUAACAAUAAAGAAAAUGAGAUAGCCAGUCUUCAGCAGCAAUAUGAUUCCAUCAAUUCUGAACUAACACAAGUAAGCCAGUUAAGAGAAAAUGUUGUUCAUGAAAACAACCACUUGCAUGAACAGCUGUCAGAACUAAAAUGUGAUAAUCAGGCAGCAAAUCGCAAAUUGGAAGAAUCUACUCAAGAGAUUAAAGAUUUGAAGCUCAAAAUCCAGGAUUAUAUUACUGAGAUAUCCAAGGUGGAAAAUAUGCUUAGUGGAUUGGAAAAUGAAAAUUUUAAUCUGCUGGAGCAAGUUCGUAGAUCAAAUGCACAGGCAGAGUCCUCGGAACUGAAGGUCCGCCAACUAGAAGGAGAGCUCAAUUCAAUUCAGCUAGAUCUUGUUAAUGCUAAAUCUGAAAACCGCAGGAUGGGUGAAAAACUUAGCUCACUUGAAAAAGAAAUUGAGGAGCAACAGGCAGCAAGAAAUGCCUACAAGAUCCAGGUUUGCUCACUUAAUAAGGUGAUAAUGAAUUUGGAUGAAGAACUUCGCCAAGUCCAGACUGAAAAGACCACAGCCCUCACUGACCUCUCAUCCGCUCAAGAACUUUGCCUGAAGCUGGACUCUAACAAAGAGAUGAUGAUGAAGCACGUGACCAACAAAAACAAGGAGAUGGAGCAGGUUCUAAGUGAACUUGAAUCAGCCCGUACUGAAAUAGAGCUUUUAAGAAAUCAGCUUUCCAGUGAGAGAACUACAAUAAAAAAACUGGAAUCUUUGUUGGCAUCUAAUCGGGAGAAAAAGAUCCAAAGCCAAAUAGUCACUCAAGAGAAAGAGACUGAACUUCAUCUCUCAAAGGAUAAGCUUUCCUUGGCAGAAAGUAAACUAGCUUCUCAAUGCCGUGAAAUAUCCCAGCUGAGAAGCAAGACAACUGUGCUAGAAACAGAAUUAGAAAUGGCAAAGAGGCAGUUGGAUACUGAGCGAUUUGAAAGGGAAUGUGCAGUUCAGGAACUUCGCCGACACGGAAACCCUUACCAUACUAUGUCACCACCUCAACCUUCUCUAACUCCAGGUUCACAUUCCCCUGAAUAUUCCAUCCAUCGAUCUCCUAAUUGUUCUCUAAAUAGAUCACUGAACAGGGAAAGUGCGGUUCAGGAUCUUCGCCGACACAGCAAAUCUUACCAUACUACGUCACCAUCUCAACCUUCUCUAAGUCCAGAUUCACAUUCCCCUGAACGUUCCAGCCGCCAGCCUCCUGAUUGUUCCCUAAAUAGAUUACUGAACAGGGCAUCAUCUUUGAAGGAGUUUUGAUGUUGUGACGGUUUAUCAUUCGGAAAGGCAUAUGAACAAUUAAAAUUCAAGAAGACAAUUAUUCAUUUCAAUACAAUUAAACUCUGUAUUAUCAGUUUUGUUUGAACAUGUUAAUGAAGUUCUCAUACUUUCACCUGACAUGCCAGAGAAUUUUACUUUGCCUAUUGCAUUUGUUUUUCAUUCUCCGGAAUUUGGAAAGUUCAAAGAGACGCAACUUUAAAAAAGGUUUUCAGUUAUUAUCAGGCAAACUACAGACGUUACUCUGUCUUGCACUGUAGGUCAACUUUAUAAAUGAAUAUCAUUAACGGAAUUUGAUCACAGGCAUUUCAAAAUUCCCAAUAAAUCCAUUGAACCAAGGAAUUAUUUGUGAUAAUUUUCUAUUGUUGCUGUUAUAAAAUGGAACAAAAAAGUUAAUCUUUAUAGACUAGUUUAUGAAACACUGCAAUCAAUUGUAUUGCUAAUUUUGAAAUCUAACUGUAAAUAUUAAUCAGCUAAUCCUAUAUAUAAUCUAUCACUUAAUGUGAGUUCAAAAGCAAAGUCUGUAAUUGAACUUUAUUGAUGCUGUUUUCUUCACUGGGAUACCUUAUUAAGCAUAGAAAAGUAUUUUGCAUAAUUUUAGCAUAUUUUAUCACCUACAGUGGCGGGAUUACUUUUAGACUACAGUGAAGAACUAAUGAAAAGGCAAAGCUGGCAUGCUCCCUAAUAUACCUUAAAGCUAUUAAAUUGGUUAAAUACUAACAAGUUCAAGUAGUCGAUCUCAUUU